CCUGACUCAACUACUUGAUUGCUGAGGGCCUCUGUACGUAGCUGCUCUCACCAAGGUACUUAUAAGUGAUGCCACCUGACUGACUCUGACUACCACCAUUCCUUCUGCUGAGCCAGACAAAGAACAAGACAAGAUACCUAUAAGUCCUUCGUUGCACACUGCCCAUCCGUCCCUCCUUUAAUCCAAAUACGUAACCGCUGGUGCCGCUGGUGACAAGCUGAUCGCCACUCGAGACCACCACUCCUCACCUAUACUCUCUCCAACCGACGCGUCGAAUAACCCCGCGCCGGUCCCUCGAUUCAGUCCUGAGCAACUGCACAGCGUCCUUACACGUACUGCGGAUUUGAUCCCUCUUCCUGCAGAUUCAACCUUGCUGCUCGGACAGAGUAGUCAGCUAAGGUCUCACACGGUGUCCCACCCCAGAUCUUGAAUGCCAGCAUCCAACAAGCCAGCCUCCGUCGAGUCCAGGAAUUCAGAAAGAGAAGGCUUUCAAACCGUGGUAGACCAAGAUCCUCCCGCCUCAAAAGCAGGAAAGCGGAAGACAAAGAAUGCUGCUGUCAAACAGCUGUCCAGCCUCGAUCAUGCCGAAAAGACUGUCGAGUCAAUGGGCCAAUCUCAACAACCCCCUGUUUCCUCAAACCCUCCUUCCAUCCUGGGCCAACUGCCCCAAACAUUUCCUUCGAACAGAAAGAUCAGUCCGUUCGACGUCCUGAACGACGCGAAUGCUUCCCAAAAGGUGUCUGAUGAGCACACUCCCCCAGCAGACAACUGGGCCCGGAGCGCUGCCCAUGGGAGAACUCCACCUAUCGAACCCAUUCCUGGUCUAAAUACAGGCGGCUCUCCCCCUUAUGAGCCAGGCUUCAGUAGCCGAGGCGUCUUCAAUAGCAGAAGUCCUCCCAUCUCUCCUCCAUUGCGGAAGGCCCGGCCAGUUAGUUACAGCAGUGCUAUACCUCCGCUCCCGACUCACUCGAGAAUCUCGACAUCGCCCUAUGGCUACGGCAUGACUGCCUAUGGGUCUCCGCCUGCCCCACCUCAUCUCCCUCAACAGCAUUUCUAUGGGCCUCAUGAUGUUGACUUGGGCCUACAUCCUCCGCAUACGCCUCUGCCAGAACCUGUGCCACUGAAGUUCGGUCGGCUUCCAGGUUCAGGAAACGAGUUCCGUGAGGCUGCUUUGCUUGCUGUUGACGGCGAAUUGCAUGUUGUUAGCUACAAUGGCGAGAAAAUGGAACAUGUGGGAGCGCUCAGCGGCGUGCAAGGUACUAUACUUGAUGCCUCGCUGCUUACAUGGAAUACUUGCGAAACCCCGUUCGCAGACUACAGGCCUCUAGUCGCGCUCACCAUCUUUGGGCCGAGUGAGUCCCAAUCUGGUUCCCCUGCUCAAGAAGACCGACCCUUCCCUGGUAGUCACCAUAACCCUUUCGAGACGAAGGUGGUGAUAUUUUCGGUGAGCAAAGGCUGUCAGGUCGCAGAGCUAUUGAGAGUGCAAACGCUCACGGAGAGCUUCCCCGGAGUACCUGCAAGCAUUAGUCCAGCAGCAAAUCUGAAGGUCUAUUCGAGCGGCAACUUUCUUGUUGUUGCUUCCGGCGACAGCGGGGAAAUGUUUGUCUUCUCCAUUCGACAAGGAAAGGAGUCCGCGGUAUUUGAAUGUUUAGGCAAGUACUGGACCACGAUACAACCUCAACUUCACCGGAGGGAUUCCUCUUCUCACGGCCCAGGAUCGGAUGCAGAUGUUUCACCUGCCGACCUCGGUCGUGGCCCAGAUAGCCAGACUCUCCCGAUUCUCAGUCUUAACGGGCGAUGGCUUUCUUUUUGUCCUGCAAGCACACCCUCGCGAAGAUCCAUUGGGGCUAUCUUGGGUGAUUACGUGGUGCAUAAUAAAAACUCCAAUAUUACGGCUGGGACGGCUCCUUCGCGACCUUUGCCCAACUGCGAUGUUGAGUCUCCCGAUGUCGACACAUUCCUCAGUAAGGUCGCCAAAGGAUUCGCCCAGGAGGCGGUAAGGGGCGCGAAAUGGAUCAGCGAAAAAGGCAUGCAGACCUGGCAGAGUUACUGGAAAAGGGACACGGCCAGCACCAACAUGCAAGCCGCUCCAUCCUCCAGUCCCCCAGUCUACCCUCCCCAGCUCGGUCUGGCACAAUUUCCGCCUACUCACGCUAUUGACCAGCAAGGCAUGUCUAAGGACCCGGAUCUAGUCACGAUAAUCGACUUGAAGCUGCUCCAAGACAACCAUGGCCGGAAACCCACCUCCGAAUCCAGCCCAAUGAUCACCUUCCAACCACCGGGAGGCUGUAGUUUUCUGUCAUUCAUGCCAACUGGUCUCGGCAUUUUGACAGCCAAUCGCAAAGGUGACGUGCAGUACAUCUGGGAUCUGAUGCAGAUCAAACAUGUCAGAGUUUCAACAACUUCAAAUUCUGCUGAAAGCGGACGCGUGCGGCAGAUUGCACGCUACGAACGCUUGAGUCCUUCUUCCAUCGUUGACGUUGCUUGGGAUGGCCCAACAGGCUGCCGGUUUGCCAUUCUGACGAAGAAUCGAACCAUUCACCUUUUUGACUUGCCCAAAGCUGCCUUUCAAUGGCCGCCACCUCCCACCAAAAAACAUCGGCCGACUUCGGCGCCGGUUGACCCCUCCCAGGUAAAGGCAGAACAUGAUCCUGCCCCGCCCGGGGGGUUCUUUGCCUCUGCUAUGAGCAUUGCAGGUAGAACACAGCCGAUGCUUGCAAGCCUUCGCGGGAGGGCACCAAGUAUCAACAGUGGAAUGGCUGGGAUGGCCCCGUCAGGGAUCGGUUUCGCCUCUACAACCACAAUCAAAAGCGGUAGCAGGGCGGUGGCGGCUGGACUUAGCAAGUCUCUGGGUGCCGCUACUGAGACCGUUACCAGUAUACGACACGCGAAUCAGAGCAGGCUUCAUCUGAAGAUCCCAGCCCGGGUGGGAAUUUUCUGUUGGUUGCGGCGUGACGGGAAGCCAGUAUUAUCCAUUCUAGACGAGAGCAACAUCAAGAAUUACUACGUACGGAUGACAAAGCCUAGAGAGAAUCGUCAGAUGGAGACGGUGUCCGUAUUCGAUGCACGCAGGGCUGUCGCAAUAAAGCUCCCUAAGGCCGCGGAACUCGCUGCAGAUCUCCCCACGAGAAAUCGCCCAGAUGAAGUACACGGGGACGGCAGUGAGGGCUCUGCACUGCUCAGCUUCUGGAAAGUCCGACCUACCAGAGACGGAGGUUCGAGGACGCCGCACCCGCUCGCUUCAGCCGAAAUCGAGACCAAUGCGCCGUACCAGCCUUUCCAUUCCGACCGAAGAGUCACCAUUUCCCUAUUUCCAGAUAAGGUAAAGACUCGGCUUGAGGGCUAUUCGACUACGAGGUCUGGCCAGGCUCCUGUCACGGAGACUCCCAGUUCAAUAUCGCAGCAGAAGUGGGUUUUUGGCGACCAGGUUCUCUCAUAUGCACAGAACAUCAGCAGCCAGCACGCCGUAGACGAAGGCUCUAUCAUCUAUCGAGAAACGACCGUUUUCUCUGGGAGUACGUCUUUGGCCACAGGCCCUACCGGAAUGUUGGAGGAUGAGAUACCUCAAGCCGUUAGUAACACUAAGAAGAAGAAAGGCAAGAAAAAUCGAGCGCAGGCCCGGUUGUUUGAACACGACAAUGCAAGCGACAGCAUGAUGGAUUUUGCGGCGCAGGAUGCCCCUUUUGAGCCGGACGAAGACUUGCUGAGAGGCGAUAGUCCCCCUUGAACGUCGUGGACUGCGUGCGGAUAGUGCCUCGACCAUUCUUUGUCAGUUGCGCUGCUCGAUUGAUGGUGUCUAGUUUCCGAUGAAGAGCCAGCUCUAGCUAAUCGGUGCUUUUCAUAGCCUUGAGUGCAGCCUGAUGGGCUUUCCGCCUUGGGCCGGCAGAUGGGGUCGUCCAUUCAUCAUCCUCUUUCUGCCAGGUCGUACGAGCAUUGUGGGAUCUGCUUUUCUGCUGAUAGCAUCAGAACACGCAUUUCUGGCCUUAGUUAGCAAUCGCACAAGCACUUUGCACUUCGCCACAUUCACAACGAGUCCUGUUUCUCUACUGGCUACUCUGCAAGCACCUUCCAGGCCAGCUUUGAGCCGCCUGAGCAUGAGAAGCAAUCUGUUUCCACCAUUCGCUCUUGGUGUUUGCCAUUAUUGUCUGGUUUCCCCCUUGACAAGACGCACAACUUGUUACCUCAUCCCUACAAUUUACCGUGCCUGCCAUCGUCCCCCCAUGGAUGACUUAAAAUCGACGCCGAAGCUACCACCGUGGUUGUCGGUUAC